AUGCCGUUCGGUCUUAAAAAUGCCGGUGCAACUUAUCAGAGGGUAAUGAACACUAUCUUUCAUGAAUAUAUUGAGAAAUUUAUGCAAGUGUAUAUCGAUGAUAUUGUAGUAAAGUCGAAAUCUCAGGAUGUUCAUAUCGAACAUCUUAAGUUGUCAUUUGAAAAAAUGAGAAAGUACGGCUUGAAAAUGAACCCACUCAAGUGUGCCUUUGGUGUAAUUUCAGAGCAAUUUCUGGGAUUCAUUGUUCAUAAGAAGGGCAUUGAAAUCGACCAGAACAAGGCGAAAGCAAUCUUCGAUACUCAACCACCGUCGAAUAAAAAACAGUUACAAUCUUUGUUGGGCAAAGUCAAUUUCUUGAGAAGGUUUAUCGUGGAUCUAAGCGGGAAAACCAAGGUAUUCUCCACAUUGCUUCGACUCAAGAAAGAACAAGAGUUUCAAUGGAUGGAAGAACAUCAGAAGGCGUUUGAGGAAAUAAAAGCCAGCUUAACAACGGCACCCGUCAUGGCUCCUCUCAUUCGUGGAAAACCAAUGAAACUCUACAUUUCAGCAUCAGAGGAAACUAUUGGCAGUGUGUUGGCUCAAGAUGAUGAAGAUGGAAUCGAAAGGGCUAUAUAUUAUUUGAGCCGAAUCCUUAAUGAUGCCGAAACUAGAUAUAGUUUAGUAGAAAAAUUGUGUUUAUGUUUGUAUUUUUCAUGUACUAAACUUAAGUACUAUAUUAAACCUAUUGAUGUAACUGUUAUUUCCCAUUAUGAUAUAAUAAAGCAUAUGCUGUUCAAGCCCAUUCUUCAUAGUCGAAUUGGAAAGUGGGCGUUGGCCCUUACUGAGUUUUCUUUAAGUUAUCAACAUUUAAGGGCUAUGAAAGGCCAAGUAAUAGCUGAUUUUUUGGUUGAUCAUAGUGGGUCGAAAGAACAGGAGACGGUGGUGACGUUGAAACCUUGGGAAAUGUAUUUCGAUGGUUCGAGGCAUAAGAAGGGGACCGGGAUAGGUAUCUUGAUAAUUUCACCCCAAGGAAUCCCGACAAAAAUUAAGUUGGGCAUCGAAGGUGAGUGUUCGAAUAAUGAGGCGGAGUAUGAAGCUUUAUUGAUAGGGCUCGAAACGGCUCUAAACUUGGGGGCUAGAGAGCUCUUAAUUCGUGGAGAUUCAGAGUUGGUUAUUAAGCAACUAACUGGUGAAUACCAAUGCGUUAGUGAGAAUUUAAUGAAAUAUCAUUCGAAAGCAGUUAAAAUGUUAAGAAGUUUUGAUGAGGUCGAAUUAUGUCAUAUCCCUAGGAUCGAGAAUGCUGAAGCGAAUGUUUUGGCACAAAUUGCGUCAGGAUACCGGCUACCUCGGAAAAAGUUUAAAGAGCUAGUAAAGGUCAAAAGAAAGUUUAUUCCUAGUUUUAAGGAAAGGAAAGUGGAGUUCGAGCAGGAGGUAUUGGUCAUUAGUAAUUUGGAUGAUAGUGAUUGGAGGAAACCUGUUGUGAAAUACUUGCAAAACCCAAAUGCACCAACAGAUCGAAGAACAAAGUAUCGAGCUCUAAGUUACUUGAUUUUGGAUGACGAAUUGUUUAAAAAAGGGGUGAAUGAAGUUUUACUAAAGUGCCUAAGUGAAGAAGAAGCGUUUCGAGCAGUCAAGGCCGUUCAUGAUGGUAUGUGUGGGGCGCAUCAGGCUGGCCAUAAGAUGAAGUGGACAUUGUUUCGACAAGGAGUAUAUUGGCCAAAUAUGUUAAAAGAUUGCAUUGAAUAUGCCAAAUCUUGCGCCGAAUGUCAGAAGCAUGCUGGCAUCCAACAUGUACCGGCAAGUGAGUUACAUUCGAUCGUGAAACCCUGGCCAUUUAGGGGGUGGGCGUUGGAUUUGAUAGGUCAAAUACAUCCUUCUUCGUCUAAACAACAUGACUAUAUAAUAGUGGCUAUCGAUUAUUUCACUAAAUGGGUCGAGGCCAUUCCGCUGAGAGGUGUCGACCAAGAUACGGUUAUUAGUUUUAUUCAAGAACACAUAGUAUUUAGAUAUGGGAUCCCUGAGACGUUAACUACUGACCAAGGGUCAGUAUUUACUGGAAGGAAAAAAUGGCUCAGUUUGCUGAGGAUUUUGGAAUAA